AUGCGCCGCAUGACGGGCACGUUGGUGGCGACGCCCAUCGCGGUGGGCAUCGUGGCGCUGCUGCUCGAGCUGGCCAUGCUGGACGUGCCCGACGACGGGGCCACGCAGGCCACGCUGCGCCGCGUGCUCGCCCAGCUCAGGACGUACGAAGGCAUGAUGGAAAUGCUCAUGGCUAUGGCGGUGCCGACGCAGGGCGGCGAGUACUACAACAUAGUGCCCACCAGGGUACUCGACACGGCCGGCAACGUCGCCGACAACAGGAAAUGGCUUCUUCGCAAUAAGUUUGGGUUGGAAUUAACUGAACUCCGACGGCCAUAG